AUGGUGACGCUGCUGGGCUUCUUCUGCAUCCUUAGCAAUGUCAUCCUCAUGCUCAUCUAUGACCCUGGUUUGACCGGUCUUGCCCCGUCAUGGGUCUACUACAGCUACGCCCUCGGCAUCUGGGCUUACAGCACCAUGGAUAACAUCGACGGCAAGCAAGCACGUCGCACUGGAACUUCGUCUCCAUUGGGUGAGCUCUUCGAGUAA